AUGUUGACGGAUGGAUGGAUUCUCGCGCUGAUCGUGGACGGGCAAGAACUCGUGAAGGGACUGGCACACGUCACCCCGAGGGCCCGCAACGAUAAUAGCCACUGCGGCCUUUGCGGUAUUUUCCAAGAGCCGGCGAAGCUGCGAGGGUACGGAUUGUGGACUCACGGAAACGGCACCAAGAAGUUGUGUGGCGGUUGUCGACAUCGUCUCGAUAAGCACCUGCCCAACGAGCCGUGCCACGACUCCUUCGUCUGUCGCAGCUGUCGGCUAUGCGACUGGGAUGGCAGCGGCGUGGCGAUCGACCGGAGCUGCGGUGCCUGCCUCUGGCAGCGUGCGAUCGAGUUGAAGAUCGUGGACCCGACGGCCGUCGAGGGAGAGAAGAAGGGCGCCCAGGGGAAGAAACACCGUCGAUCGCUGCCCGUUGAUCCGCUGAAGGUCAAGCCCAAGAGGCGCCAGCUGAAGAAGCGUGCCGGC